UGGGGCAAUAAUCACCGAAAACUGUCCUCUGCAAAAAGCACUCGCUCCCUCCGCGGGACGAAGAAAAGAAAAACGCUUUAAAGAUGCCGCGCUUUGUUACAUCUCCGUGCGCUGUGGGCACACAUGGCUGGUACGGACGUGGGUACGGACACAAACGUCCCCAUCCUCCCAGUUGGCUUGGCCAUGCAGGGAUCACCCGAAAUUUAGUUUCUUUAUAUUUUUUCCCCCUCCUGUUCCAGAUGUUUUCUGCAGCAGUUAUUGCUGUACCCUUCCCACGCCGAAGCCUUGAACUCUCUCACGAGUUGCGAGGCGAUUUGGUGGUCGUGUUCACAUAAAUCUGAGAAGUAACUGUAACGACGUUACUUUUUACAGUUACUUUCGAAAUUUGUUACACGUGGUUUGUCUCGUCCUUGCUUUUGGGCUAAGUUAUUUUCUACGCUUGCGGCAGUUGAAAUCGCGUGACGGUGGUCAUUGAAGAAUGUAAGACGGGCUCACAGGAGAAGAGUCAGAAUGGUCUACUGCUGCGUACCGUUCUGCAAGUCAGAACGGGGCACGGCAGUGGGAGUCAGCUUCCAUGAAUUUCCCACCACAAGGAUCCGGGACGAGUGGAUAAAGGCCGUCAGUCGCAAAGGUAAAUAUUAUUCAGUUUGAGUAGUUCACUAGACAACACGUAAGGCAUCUGACGCUUCGGUUCUAUUUGAUUUCAGGCGCUGCGGCGGAGGUCUGGUUCCCAAGCGACCGCUCAGUUGUUUGCAGUCUUCAUUUCAAGGAUGAAGACUAUCGUUCAGGACUGAAGCAGAAACGACUAAAGGCAGACGCAGUUCCCUCAACGUUCCCAGGGUAUCCUACGUAUCUCAAGUCGACACAGAAAAAACCGCGACGUGUUUUAAAGCGUACAUCGGAUGAAAGCCAGAACACUGCGCACAGAAAAAGAAAAAGAAUGGAUUGCCCCCUUGAUGACUUCUCUGCCAGUACUGUUGAUGAAGUGCAGCCACAAGAGAGUGAAUCGUCACAGAUUUUACGACAGGUUCAAGACUGUAACACGCAGGUCUUCACAGUUCCACCCAUUCAUGUCAACAUCCAGGAAACAAGACACACGCCCAGUUUUCCAUGUCAGACAGUGCUCACAUCAAGAAAGCUUGUGUCCCUACAGAAGCAGCUGAAGACACUCAAGAGGAAGUGCAUCAAGCUUCAAAGUGCAAAACGUGUUCUGAAGGAAGAGGUGAAGGCAUUGACACAACGACUAGAGAAAGCUGAACAAACUGUAAAGACUACGAACAUCGAGCUUCUUUUGGACCAGGCAGAGGAAGGAAGGCCAAAGGCGUUGUUCCUUCAACAGCAGCUUCGGUGCCUAAAGUUGAAAAAACAUCAUUGGUCCGAGGAGACUGUGCGACUGUGCAUACAGUGGCACUCAAAAUCGCCUUGUGCCUAUCAACUCGUUCGAGCUUCUGAAGCUCUCAGCCUGCCUAGUCGAUCCACAUUGAAACGGUAUGUUGGACCAUGUACUGGAGAAGAAAUGGUGUCCUCUUUGAUGAAGCAAAGGCUGCACCAAGAGGCUAAACUUCAUUCAGAGCUGGCACGGCAUGGUUCUCUCGUCAUGGACGAGAUGUCCAUUAAGCAGGGCGUGGAGUACCAAAGGGAGGGAGACUCGGUUCACGGCCUGGUACAACUGGGUGGACUGGAGACCCAGUAUGAGCAGCAAGACGAAGUUGCUACGCACUUGCUAUGCUUCGUUUUCGUGGGGCUUUCAAGCCACUACAGGCUCCCUGUUGGGUAUUACUUCACGAAGGCGCUAACUGGGCAACAGCUUCAUCAGCUGGGGCUGGAAGUCAUGCGCUCAGUUGAAGACGCAGGAUUUACAGUUUUGAGGCUUGUAGGAGACAAUCAUGCGUCGAACUGCAAGUACUUCUCGACUUUGAGUGGAGGAAAAAUCACUCCUGUUGUAAGCCAUCCACUGGACAAGAAACGGAAGCUGUUUCUUGCGUUUGACCCCUGUCACAUUUUGAAGAAUAUCAGGUCGCAAUUCCUAGCAUCAAACAGGUUUCUAUGUAACAAUGGGAAGUAUAUCACUCCAAAGUAUGUGAGGGGCAUCUACGACCUCCAACAAAAGCAAGGCGCCUUCACUCUGGUGAGAGGACUGUCCCGAAAACAUGUCUUCCCUUCCAAUUUUGAAAAGAUGAAUGUGAAAAGGGCCCUGGACGUUGUGUCCCCUCAGGUGACCUCGGUGCUGAGGUACCUCCAGAGGUAUGGAACGCAGUUUGGCAUCUUCGGCUUCGAGGACUGUCUUCCUACUAUUGAAUUUGUGGAGCUUGUUUACAAGUGGUUUAGCCUUCACAACAUCCGCAGCAGCACCUUUCACAUCUUCAGCAAGGACCCCAUGAGGAUGCCAUUUUAUGAUGCUAAUGACGAGAGGCUGUCCUGGCUGGAGAACGAUCUCCUGGAUUACUUCUUGGUCUGGAAGGACAGUGCUCCUGCAAAGGCCGCAUUUCUCUCGGAGGAAACCUACGAGGCACUGUGCAUCACUACUGCUUCCACGGUCCCUUGCACAAGGCACCUGCUAGACAGGGGAUUCCACUUCGUCCUGACGUCACGAUAUUCCAGCGACGAUGUAGAGGCUUUGUUCUCUACUGUGCGGCAACUGAACGGUCAAAAUGAUCAGACAGAUGCCCGUGCCGCCUUGUCCUCACUCCAGAAGAUCCUUGUGACUGGGCUCCUGCAUUCAUCAAAAAGUGGGAACACGAGCCAUACAAUUGGGACCCUGGGGGACCUAAAGAAACUUGCCUCAACAGCCUCCUCCACAGCAUCACGUCCUGUUGGCCUCGCUGACAUUUUGCGACCAUACACUCCUGCUCUGGAGAUGCUCCCAGGGACACCUCAACCAGGACUGCAAGCAAGCACACUAGGCCUUGUCGCCGGCUUCCUGGUUCGGGCCGUGCAGGACAACAUUUCUUGCCUGGGCUGCCUUGACACUGUGAAGGCGCCAGCGUCAUCCUCCCCCACAACGGCACUGAUCGUCAACAUAGACCGUGGUGGCCUCUCCUACCCACGUCUGUCCUUCGUCGGAUUGGUCAUAAACCUGGAGAAAGCUGCAAGCGCUUCAGUCACCGCGCUCCUGAAGAGUAAGCGGCCAGUACAGCAGUUUCUGGGGGCUGUGCUCCCAGCUCUGUGUAGGAACCCCCUGCUACAAUGCGAGCAUGACUCUUCCGAAGACCACAGAAGGGCCCUUGCUACCGUGAUAGUAAGAAAAUUCAUGAGGCCCUUCUUGGUCAACCAUACAAGGAAUGUGUCAGAAAGGAAGCGGAAGAAGAAGAACCUCAAGGGCAAACCAGAAUCAAGGAAGGUGCUCAAGGUGUAAGUGCCUGUGUGACAAAGAGAAGGUGACUUCAACGAAAGGGCGAAGUGCAAGAAAUAAAAUUCCUUGAAAAGUA